UCGACCCAGCCACUGCAUUCUUCUGGCAUCUAAUUCAUCCUUUUUUGUGAACACUCCAGACGCAGUUCUGAGAAGGACAAUUCCCCUGAGGCUGAUCAUGAUAUACCCUGACAACCUUUUUGCAUUGAGCACAGAAAUUUCCAGGAUAUGCGAUCGGUCUCGCACUUGCGAUUUGAGACCAUCAACAUCUUCUCCACCGCAGAGGAACAGCUCCGAAGGCGAUCUAAAGCGAUACAAGAAAUGCGCACUCCGCGGCAUCUGAAGCGAGGACCAACUGCGCGGCUGAUGGCCGACAGGUAUAGCCGACGCUUCUCGCCAUGUUUUCUGAUUUGCAUCCGUUCGCUUACAGUGGGAACCUCGGCCUACGUGUUGGUAACUCACCACAACCUCUCCGCUCUCCUAUUCCUUGCGCCUUAAAAGCUGCAGGUGCCCACCCGCCAUGCUCCCUAUGCCGCUCCCGCUUCUCAGCAGCCCGCGACUGCCCCGUCGUCACUCCGUUUCGAGCGUUAGCAGCUUGCCUGGCAGCGAGUCCUCCAAUGCCUCCGGAAGCCAUUCCAAGUCAUGGUUCAGUCGCAAGAAGAAGGAGAAGACAAAAGCGCAGGAUUCGUCCUCCGUGGCCAGCGGGGACUCGAGCAGUAACGCGCAAGACGGAGGAGGAGGGGAUGCCGCCCACGUGGUGGAUGGGAUCCUGGAUACAUUGGGCCCUAGGGGACGGUCGCUAGACCAGCAGCUUCAUCGGCCCCAUCCUCUGGCGCAAUCCUCACACCCACCCCGCUUCCGGCCGAGCGCCAGCACAGACGCUGUCCCCUCCCUGCCCCGCGGCUCCGCUUCGACGACAUCCCUGACGUCCGCACCCGCCACCGCGCCAUCGACGCCGACGCGCGCCCCCCACUACCGCAAAGCCCGCUCGUCGACCUGGACGCAGCCUCCGCCGCCGCCGCCCCACCGCGGAGCGAAUCUGCACGUGCUGAUUCCCGACACCCCAUCGGCCCAGUCGGCGCCGCGUCCCACGCACGAUCAGUCACGCCGGGCCGCCGACCCGUCGCCUGCGAGCCCGCGGCACCGCACGCCCGCGAGCGCCGUUGCCGAUUGGGCGCGAGGCGUGAGCAUGGAGGGCCGCUCUGGGGACAAGCGCUCGCGCAGCCCGCUGCCCCCUCGCUCUCCGCCGCCGGCGCUGCCGCUGCGCCUCGAGCUCGACGCGGACUCUCCCGUGUCGCCGACACCGCGGUCGUUCGGCGGGGCGAUGAGGAGGAAGGAGGGCAGCAGUGACACGGAGUACGAGCGGGGGGGUAUGACGUCACCGCAGGCGAGGUCUCGGCCUGGGUCACGCCCGAAAACCCCUGAUGGUCCCGGC